GUCACCACCUGCAGAUGCGUUUAGGCAGCUUCUUCAAGCUGUGGCGCAUGUGCACGACAACGUGGGUGUUCAUCGGGAUAUAGCACCACACAACAUCUUCGUCACAGACGAUGGACGCAUCAAGCUGGGAGAUUUCGGUCUUGCUAAAAAUAAGGAGUCCAUGCUCGAGACCGAAAAUAUCAAGAAGGGGAGAGCAGUUUACUACUCUCCCCAGCGCCGGAGCAACUCAACCUACACUGACAUGCUUGCGCUUGGAGUUAUACUCUUCGAACUUCAUUGGAGGUGUCCCCCGGACCAGGAAAGGGAGUCGGUAUUGAUUGACGUCCGGGAUGGCGUUUUACCAGCAGACUGGGCGUACCAACACCCAUCAAUUGCGCCCAAGGUGUUGGAGCUGGUCGCAGCAAGACGCGACCAGCGUCCAUCCGCGCGCGACAUCCUCUGCGAUCCUGCCUGGCAAUCUGUUUGCUGAUCGUUGUAGUUGUUUAGAUUUACUUGCUCCUUUUUGUCAUCUUUGUAGUCUUGGUCUUUUUCAGCAUGCUGAUUUCGAUUCAGAAAUAUGAAUUCGUUGCCAGUUCA